AUGAGCACAUCUUGGAAGUACGACUGUUCAGGCCCAUCUCCCGAAUGGAUCGCCAACAGUGAUAUCACAGGCACCGGUGUCGCUUUCAGCUACAUCAUAACAGCCGGAAUAGUGGUCGUGGUUCUUGCACUAUACUACUUUGUUGCAUAUGAUCCCUCUCAUGAUCCAUUUCAAGGGUCCAGAAGGAACAGUGUACCCAGGGCCUUUUACCCUAACCCAAUAGACGCACUCAUACUCGAGGAUUCGAGACGUAUAGCAAUGACUUGUCUGGGUGCAUUUGGUUGCAUUUCCAUCAAUAAUACCAGUUUUGAGGAAGCAUUCAUCAGGCUCUUGACUGGCUAUUCAAUACUUAUCAGUGGCCUUUCGCAGCUUGGCUCUGGUCUACAAACAUUCUAUUGGCAAGUUGUCAUAGGUCUGACCUGGUUCUCUACCAUUACACAUCUUUCUUGCCUGACGGCGUUGCGCAAUCACCUUUAUCUUCACUCCUCUGAGCGUACAUGGCGGCUAGCUGCCAUGACUACAUUGUGUGUCCACUUACCAAUUGGCCUAGGUACCGGCCGGGACGAGCCAAAUUACGGGGAUGCCGCAAUAUGCUAUAUUCGAAUCAGAUCGCCAUUGGGACAAGCUUUCUAUACUAUGCUAUUCUCGGUCCUGCUUACAACCUUUUCAGUCGUGGUGCGCAUUGCCAUGCUCUAUCGAUUCCUUUCAGCGGAUAUCUCCACCAGCACAAUUCCGCUGGCUAGUCCUCCGCCUAAUCCUAGGGCAGCUGCAACUUUCUUCCCUAAGCUUUUCUUCUGCUUCUGGUUGUGGGGAGGCUGGGAUGGAUCAUAG